AAAAUAAGAAUUUAUUUUAUUUUUUUUGAGAUAGGGUCUUGCUCUGUCACCCAGGCUGGAGUGUGGUGGCACGAUCUCAGCUCACUGCAACCACUGCCUCCCGGGUUCAGGCGAUUCUCCUGCCUCAGCCUCCCGAGUAGCUAGGAUUACAGGCGCCCACCACCGUUGUCGGCUAAUUUUUGUGUUUUUAGCAGAGACGGGGGUUUCGCCAUGUUGCCCAGGCUGGUCUCGAACUCCUGACCUGAAGUGAUCCGCCCGCCUCGGCCUCCCAAAGUGCUGGGAUGACGCGUGAGCCACCAUGCCCGACGUGAAGACAGGAAUUUAUACCCAUGGAGUGCAGGAAAGGACCUUGUAAUUGUCAACACGUGACACUUAGUGGCAGAUGAGACCUAAUGAAACCAGGCCCACCUUCCACACCAGAUUAUAAAUUCCCCUGGAGCAGCCAGUAAAUGUUUUAUUCACCAACAUGCCCAGAUCCCUCGGAAUGCCUACGCUUGACAAACACCUGUUGUGAACAAGUGCACGAGGCAGCCUAGGAGAAGAAUUAGUCUCCACGAGAAGAAUUAAUCGGGCCUAGCAGCUAGAGUAUUUCGAGGUCAUCCUAACUGGGUUCCACUUUUGAAUUUUUGGUUUUUGGGUUGUUUUUUUUGGAGACAAGGUCUCGCUCCACUUGGGAGCAAGGUCUCCCAAGCUGGAGUGCAGUGGUGGGACCUCAGCCUCCGGGGGUAGCUGGGGCCAAAAGUGCGCGCCACCAUGCCCGGUUCUUAUUUUGGGUUUCUGGUAGAGCUCUCGCUAUUGUGCCCAGGCUGGUCUCGAACUACUGGAUUCAAGCAAUCCUCCCACCUCGGCCUCCCAAAGUACUGGGAUUACAGGCGCGAGCCACUCGCCCGGCCGGGUGCCACUUCUGAAAGGUUGGGGAGCCGCUGGGCCUUCCAGGAAAAGUGCUCCACCUCCCGACGGCAGGCAGAGUCCCCGGCCCGGCUAUCUUUCCAGGGCCGAAAGCCAACAGUCAAGACGCGAAACGAGGAAUUCGGGUCACGGUGGCAAAGUAAAGCGCGAUAACAGUGAGGACGACGUCUAGACGCAAACAUACAUCAAAUCGGGCCGAAGCCCGCUGUCGCCGCGCGGGCUGAACCUGGCACCCGGAGCAACGCGCGACCCCGGGACGAGACGCUCUCGUCCGAGCCAAACUACAUCCCCCGGCGUGCACUGCAACGCCCGCCCCCCGCCGGCCGGUGGGGCCCGGGAGGAAGGCGGCCGAGCUGCCCGUCCCGCAGGUGCCCUGGGGCCCUUCGCUGCGGCCUUUCCCCACCCUGGACCCGGCACUUCUUGGGUUCUGCGACUGCCGCUUGCCCCGGCGCCCCAGCGCUCCCUCAGGAGUCGCCUAGGCUGCGCAGUCUCCCGACUUCUAGUCAGGCUUUCGCGCCGGCGCCCCAGCAAUCACUGGUUGGAGAAGGUGGGCGUUCCGGCUCGGGAGGACCCUGCCGCGGCCCCGGAAGAGCCUUGUCCUGGGCGGCGGUGGUGCGGCGGUCGCCGUUAUGGCCACUGGGCUGGGCGGCUGACCGCCGGGCUAGGAGAGGGCCCAGGGCCCCGAAUCUCGGUGGCCGCUGCUCGAGCGCGGCCUGCGCCAUGGCCGCCUCCGCCGCCUCCUCGGAGCAUUUCGAGAAGCUGCACGAGAUCUUCCGCGGCCUCCAUGAAGACCUACAAGGAGUGCCCGAGCGGCUGCUGGGGACGGCGGGGACCGAAGAGAAGAAGAAAUUGAUCAGGGAUUUUGAUGAAAAGCAACAGGAAGCAAAUGAAACGCUGGCAGAGAUGGAGGAGGAGCUACGUUAUGCACCCCUGUCUUUCCGAAACCCCAUGAUGUCCAAGCUUCGAAACUACCGGAAGGACCUUGCUAAACUCCAUCGGGAGGUGAGAAGCACACCUUUGACAGCCACACCUGGAGGCCGAGGAGACAUGAAAUAUGGCAUAUAUGCUGUAGAGAAUGAGCAUAUGAAUCGGCUGCAGUCUCAAAGGGCAAUGCUUCUGCAAGGCACUGAAAGCCUGAACCGGGCCACCCAAAGUAUUGAACGUUCUCAUCGGAUUGCCACGGAGACUGACCAGAUUGGCUCAGAAAUCAUAGAAGAGCUGGGGGAACAACGAGACCAGUUAGAACGUACCAAGAGUAGACUGGUAAACACAAGUGAAAACUUGAGCAAAAGUCGAAAGAUUCUCCGUUCAAUGUCCAGAAAAGUGACAACCAACAAGCUGCUGCUUUCCAUUAUCAUCUUACUGGAGCUCGCCAUCCUGGGAGGCCUGGUUUACUACAAAUUCUUUCGCAGCCAUUGAACUUCUAUAGGGAAGGGUUUGUGGACCAGUACUUUGACCUUGUGAAUGCAUGAUGUUAGGGAUGUGGAUAGAAUAAGCAUAUUGCUGCUGUGGGCUGACAGUUCAGGGAUGCACUGUAUAGCCAGACUGUGGGAGGAGGGAGGAAAGAUGGAAAACCACUUAAAUGUGAAGGAACAGCAACAAGACCAGUAUGAUAUACCAAGGUAAUAAACGCUGUUUAUGACUUCUUUAAA